UCUGCUGUAGGCCUCCAACGGUCGCGCUCGCGCCAUUUCCGCACUUUGCGCAGGUUGCCUCCAGUCCGAGGCUACCUGGUGUGAUGAACGUGUUCACGGGCAAGGAUGAGGUCAUCACUUGGAGCGGUAACCCAACGAUCCGUCUACUUUUCUCUUUGAUAGGCCGAAACUGGAGGGACGCUUAAUGCUUGCUCUGUUUUUCAUGUAAUUUCUUAUCAUCAGACGGCACGUUCACCGAAUCGGUUUAUAUGGAAGUGUAUUCAGUUUACUUUGGAAGCUCGGUCAACUUGAAACAAGCUAGUUUGGCUGCAGCUCGGCAACUAUUUGUAGUAGGACGCAUCGUAAAAUAAAGUUAACAACGCGCGUAUAACGACUUCCAGCGGUUACGGGCGAUUUGUUUACCCCCAUGGCUAAGUGUUUCCAGAUAGCACCCAAUGCCAUAGCCUUGGUGCUGUCGCGCGUCCGUGGAGAUCGAGAGGACACAACAUCCAACAAGCCUUCAGAAAAGUUAAAGCGUCUCACAGGCUAUGAGAUAUUUGCAGAUUUCAAAGCUGCAAACAUGCAGCACUUCUGGAAUAAGGGCAUGAUGCAUGCUUUGUCUGAGAUAUUCUGCCUGGGCUGGAUAGACCAGCAUGUGCUUCUCGUCCAAGGGAAGGAAGAGCACCUUGACGUCCUCAGGAACGGAUGGGCACGACGGGUCCUCAGCCCACCUGCAGGGUUCCUCAUCAAGUGUAUAGGUGAUGUGUCUCCAAUCAACAUGUCACCAGUCAGCCAGUCGCAGUUCAUCCCGCUGGGGGAGAUUUUGUGUCUGGCCGUCUCCUCCAUGAACUCAGCCCACAAGCCUGUCACCCGCGAGGCCUUGGAGGAACAUCUCACCUCCAGCUUCCCAGGUGUUCCCACCCCCAGCUCUGAGGUGGUGCGACACACGCUCAACAUGCUGGUGAGAGAGAGGAAGAUCUACCCCACGCCGGAGGGCUACUUCGUGGUCACUCCCCAGACCUACUACAUCACCCCCUCUCUCAUCAGGACCAACAACAAGUGGUACCACCUGGACGACCGGCUCACCGACCGCACACCCCCGCAGUCCCUCCCCCCCCAGCCCCAGCUGCAGUGCACCCCUCCCCCGUCCGGCAACGCCAUGCCUUCCGCCCUGCGGGAGCGGCCCGUCCGCAAGAACCACGGCGACGCCUACAACGCCCCCGGCGACGACGCGUCCAGGGGCCACCCGUCGGCCCCCGGCGCGGCGGCCCCCCCGGGCAAGACCCUGAAGGAGCACCGCGCCGACCUCUACGCCGCCAAGCCUCCCAAGGACCGCAGCGCCGGGGCCGGGGACGCCGCGCCCAGCCCGCUCUCCAAGGAGCACGGCGGGGAGCCCCCCUCGUACCCCCACCCCCACCCUCCGCCGCCGCCGCCGCCCGCCCAGCCCACGGCGCCCACGGAGGCGGCGGAGAAGGGCAAGGGUGCGCCGUCGUCGUUCCCCUUCAAGACGGACACGCUGAGCAAGAAGAAGGAGGGCAGCGGCGGCAGCAGCGCCGGCGUGGAGAAGCAGUCCAAGCGCUUCGGCCUGCGGCUCUUCCGUCUGAGCUUCAAGAAGGACAAGAUGAGGCAGCUGGCCACCUUCUCGGCCCAGUUCCCGCCGGAGGAGUGGCCCCUGCGCGACGAGGACGUGCCGGCCGCGCCCAUCCCCCGGGACGUGGAGAUGGAGAUCAUCCGCCGCAUCAACCCGGACCUGACGGUGGAGAACGUGGCGCGCCACACGGCCGUGAUGAAGCGGCUGGAGGAGGAGCGGGCGCACAAGAACAAGAGCGCGCUGCACCACAACGCGCGCAGCCGCAGGGGGCGGGGCCACCGGAGGCUGCCGCACGGGAAGUCGCGCUCGCACAGCAAACCGCGGACGUGCCGGGGGGACCCGUCGGACGCCUCCAACUGGGACCUGGUGUUCAUGGAGCGGGACUACCGCUUCUUCAGCCACUCCCUGGUGCGCUCGCCGCGGGAGGCCAUGUACACCCUGGAGCGCACGCGCGGCGGCGGCGCCACGUACCUGGUGCACAGCAACCCCAACAUCACCGAGUCGUACUGCCCCGUCGCGCCCGAGUGGGACGUGUCCGGGGAGCUGGCCAAGAGGAGGACGGAGAUGCCUUUCCCCGAGCCCUCGCGCGGCACCACCAAGGAGUCCAAGGUGCAGCGGAGCCACAGUCACAAUCAGGACAGGAAGUCGCGCCACGAGCGCUCGGACCAGGCCAAGGAGCGCUCCCGCUCCAUGGACAACUCGCUGAAGGGCCCGUCGCUGGGCGCGCCCGAGAACUACGAGCAGGGCCCGGAGGAGCGCAGUCACUACUUUACCGACGACGGAACGCUGCGGGCUACCCAGAAGUCCUCCCACUUCUCAAGGAUCAUGUUCUCUGCUGCUAAGUUCCACUCUGAUUUCAAUGUGCCUGAUUUGGGGAAAGGGAGCUUGGACGAGUCGAGGAGCCACCGGAACACGGCGGAGAGGAACAAAAGCAGAGACAGCCUGCCCACCUACAACGAGCUCAUGGGCCUUUCUCCCAAGCCCUCGACGGAGGACUACUUCCAGUGCAAUACGUCCAACGAAACAAUCCUUACUGCCCCGUCGCCUCAGGCAAAAUCAGAAUAUGACACGCUAACCUCAUCAGGGGGACUCCACAAGGGCUCUCCGGCCGACCGCCAGACGCCUCACCUUACCUCUCCACACGCCAUGGAGUACAAAGAGGAGCUGGCGGCGGCGGCCAAGGGCCCGGGCGGCGGCCCCGCGCGUCUGACCCCCAGCCAGACGCCGGAGCUGCUGCAGAGCGCCCGCCUCACGCCGCACCAACACAACGUGGACCCCGGCGGGGGCGGCGGCGGGGGGGGGGGCGCGGCCGGCGGCGCCGCUUCCCUCAAGAGGAAGGAGAUCUUCAGCAAGGACACCCUGUUCAAGCCCCCGCACAACAGCGCCUUGCCGGCGGGCUACGCCGACGGCGGCGGCUACUCCAAGUCCGGCACCUUGCGGAAGGCCUCGCACGCCAAAUCAACAGAGGCCCUCGACAAUCCUGAGCCCCAGCAGCCUUCAAAUUCAGCCACUUCCUCCGCCUCGCCGGCGGCCCUGCAGGUCUGCGUGGAGCCCAGCGGCGGCUGCGGCGGCGGUGGCGGCGGCGGCGCCUCCGCCUCCUUCGACUACUACAACGUCUCGGACGACGAGGACGAGGACGACGAAGAGGCGGACGAAGACUCGCACAAGGAGUCGCUGACGGCCGAGGACGGCCCGGACCACGGGGAUUGCGGUGGCGUGGGCGGGGGCGGCGGCGGCGGGGGGGGUUGCGGGGGUGGUGUCGGGGGGGUCGGGGAGGGGACCAUGCAGUGGCUGCUGGAGCGGGAGAAGGAGCACGAGCUGCAGCGUAAGCUGGAGACCAACCUGACCCUGCUGAGCCCCAAGGAGACGGAGGGCGGCGGCGGGCAGAAGUCGGCGCAUUCGGCUCGCCUGGACAGCAUGGACAGCAGCAGUGUGACGGUGGACAGCGGCUUCAAUUCGCCCAGGACGCGGGAGAGCCUAGCCUCCAACACCUCCAGCAUCGUGGAGAGCAAUAGGAGACAGAACCCCGCGCUGAGCCCCGGCCACAUGGGCACCCCGGGCCACAUCGGCCUGCCCUUCAGCUUCCGGGCCAUCCCAGAACCGCCCAGCGCCCAGCCCGAGAAGCUCCAGAAACCCUCCAACUGUCUGGCCUCCAUCACCAGUGUGUGACCAACGCAGCUCGGGAGGGCGAGGGACAAUGGGUAGAGGUGGUGGAGGAGGAGAGAGAGAGAGAGGCAAGGGGAGUUGAAAGAACUUUCCCUUGUUUAUUGACACAUUCACACACACACACACACACAUACAGAUACACACACAGAGAUGCACACACAAACAUACACACGCAUCUCUCUGGACUCCCGUGAAUCAAUUUACUAUGACUGUUACGAAGACAGGCAUGGCAUCGAGUGACUGUUCCCACAGCUUCAUGAACUUAACUGCAAAAUAAUAAAGAGAAGAAGAAGAAAUAUAACAGAACAUCAUGACAUUUUGUACCCGCAUUGCAAGACAACUGUAGGUGAGGAACACCCUACACUAAGUACUAUGAAUUUGGUGACAUGGAUUUUAAGUUUGGCUUAUAUUGAAGUUCCUAAUUAUUGGUAUUGGAAAGUAGUAGAUUAUAGGAUUCAAGUUACAUUUGGAAACAUCAAAACUUUUUAUAUUACUUAACAAUACAUGUCCAAUUAAAUGUUUUCCUUCAUGAAACAGAAUCACAUUUUCAGGAUGGUUUUAAUGUAUCAGCACAAUGUGAAAACAAUAAAGAAUACUCCUGAAAACAAAGAAUGGAAGAGAUUAAAAACAUAGAUCACAA